GUUGCUGACGCCGCACGCCGCCGACGCCGCCACGAAAGGAAAGGGAGGCGGGAAGUUAUUUGCGCGGGAAAGAAGCUGGGCACCUUUUCGACGAGAUGUGCGAAUUGGAGGGAAAGCCAUAUGUUGUGGUCAAGUUCCCGGAUGAGGAUGAUGGUGACACUGUGGCGGUGGUGCAUCAAAGAUGGAUAAACGGUGAUUGGUGCUAUUGGCCCAACGCAAAAAGUUCGAAGAUGAUAAACAUGCUUACUGAAAGAGGCGCAAACCCUACAAAAGAUUGGAAGCGUGUGCUGUGCAUUCCAAUACAGUCAUUUCAGUCUUUUGAAAAAGCUCGCAGAAAACUCAAAACAGCUGAAGAUACCUCGGACCUGCAAAGCGAAACAGACCUCGGAAAAGGAAAGAGGAAACGAAAAGCAACACGCAUCAGCGACUCCUCCGAUUCGGAUGUUCCACAAAGGAGAAGGCGACAGCCCAUGCCUCUGGCAGGGUGCAAUGCCAUGGAUGAUGAGGGCUCCUCUGGUCCACCCACUCCACCUCCUGCAGCGACUCUAAGAGCACUCAAGCAAUCCAGUACAACCUUCAGCUCUACACCUGCUUGCCGUAAUGUUGCCAGUAAAACUGUGUCAAAGGAACCUGAGCCUGAAGGUUUCAGGCGACACACCUUGGAAAUUCUACACAUGAUCCGGCUGAGGCUUGAUAACCUGACUGCCCUGAUGGGCACUGUGUUAGAAGCUCUGAACAAGCACAAGGAGGAGGAUGAUGAUGACAACUGCCCCGUUCAGGAGCCACACGCAAGCUACGACAGCUUCAUGGAAUUUGAGUGCCAGCUGCAGGCUAGCGAAGCUAUGAGAAAAAAGCUGGUAAAUUGGUUCGCGGGACUGGGAGGGAAGACUGUGGGAGCCACUACUCGUCGACUGCUGGAAGCUCUAAUGACCCAAAACGUUGCGGUGAAUUUCAGCUGGAAAGGGCAAAAGGGCAAGGCGAAAUUCCAACAGCUGCAGUGUGUUGAGCUCAUAUACCAAGCUGUAAAAAGAAACCCCCGUAUCACAACGACACGUCACGACGUUGAAGAGGUAAUCAAGACGUGGCUACGACACGCGGCGGAGAAGCUCAGGAAGCUUGAGGAAUCUGGUCUCGGCAACAUCCCCUAACUUUUUAUGAGCAUCUAUAUCCAAGUAUAGUGUGCACCUUUUUUAAUUCAUUUUGUUUUUUCAAGCCCAUCUUCAGGUAAUACCUGUUUGACCUGCAGCCGCAAGCACACUACUCAACAAGUUUUGUUAGUUUGUCAUUAUCAUUUCCAAUUAUUUUAGUGUUCAAAUUCUAGUAUCUUUAUCUAAUUUUUUUUGCUCAUUAUUUCUAGUCAUUUUACUCCUGUUUUCAAGUAUUGCUCUUGCCUGACAAAGCUAGUCAUUCUUAAUCAUUUUACAGGUGUUCAUAUUAAGGCAUAAUGAAUGCCUCUUGUCUGCAGCUAAAUGAUUACUUGUUAGACCAGCAGCCACAAUUGCACAACACGAGAAGUGAUUAUCAUUUCCAGUUAUUUUAUUUUCCAAUUUUAGUACCCUCGUCUUGUUCUUUGAUUUUUAUUGUUUCCAGCCAUUUUGCUUAGGAGCCCUAAGAAGCCCAAAUUCAUACUUUCUUUGUCUAAAUAAGAAAAAAUAGAAAGAAAAAAAUCGCUCCUCCUUUCGUUUAUCUAGGGACAUUGCAGGAAGCCUUGUCGCUGUCAUUCCUCAAGGCUUUCCCAUGACGUCCCUCGAUAACCGAAAGGAGGAGCCCAGAUGGGAAACGCGGACCGGGAUUUUUAAAGGGUGCGCUAGCGUGCUAGGAAUUUUGUUUUGAGAAAAAAUGAUCUUCUUAGUUUUUUUUUUUUUUUUUUAGGACAAAAAUUUGAAGUUUGGUCUUAAAUUGAUUAAGAGUACUGUUCUUCCUUGUUCUAUUCAAUAAAUAUUUUGGUUGGUA